UAGAGAAUGUCUGUUGAUCAUACUGCCGUUUUCAAAGCACAUGCGAGAACGCUUGCAAGUCAAGCUGAAAACCCAGCUGAGGAUGAGACGAGUAAACGAGGACUUGGAGUUACCUCGAUGUACAAGAAGCUGAUCACUGACGCAUUCUCUAUUGGAAGAGAUCUGACUGAACUUCAACAGGUAGUGCUCAGUAGACGACGCGGGUACUUGUCUUUCAAUUCACCAAUGCGCGUUAUGGGCGAGUCCGAAAGAGACGCUUUUGACAAGGAUACUCAAAAAGCACUGUCGCAGCUUGAAGCUGCAAUACGUCGGCUAAAAGGAUAUGUCGAUGGGAAUACGCUGCUGACUGACGAGAAAAAACUUCUUUUAUUAGUAGUGGACUCUCUCCAGAGUUAUCUAAAGCGCACUGCAAAGAUAGUGACGGACAUGAGGACCAUUCGUGUGCACAAUACCGCAAAUCAACAGAGGAUGCAGCGUUUGUACUGCUUAGUAGAAGCAAAGCAGCGCAGAAGUCAAGGGCGAGAUGGAUUCGUGGGUGACAACAACAUAAGACGUUCAUCAGCUGAAGCAACGAACCUGCGUUAUAGGCGUAAUAAGCCUGAGAAAGAGGAGAAACACGGUCCGAAUGAAGAAAGUGAGGUGAAAUCUGGUACCGAUGCACAAAGCGGUUGGGAUUUGGGCAGUGCGGCUCCCGAAGAUGCACUGCCUGAUGAAAGUGAACUGUCGAAUCUAUCACCUCAAGAUCGCACGCAGCUGAUGGUUGAGAAUGAAAGGAUGUUCGACCGAUUUUCGCAUGUUCACGCUCAGAUAGAAGGCCUGGAAACGCAGAUUGCUGAAAUCCAACGGCUACAGGAGGCAUUUUCUGAAAAGGUUAUGGAUCAAGAAAAAGAUAUCGAAAUCAUUAAUGAGCAAGCCUUGCACACCUCUGAAAACUUGAAAGAUGGUAAUGAAUGGAUACGUCAGGCGAUUAGCAACUCAGCUGGACGUCGCGUAGUGGUCUUAUUCUGCAUCAUUGUGAUAACGUUCACUCUUUUGUUUCUGGACUGGUAUAAUCCGUAAUCAUCGUAACUUUUUCCGUGCAAUCCCUUAGUAAUGUGAUAUGAAUCAUGGGUGUUUUUUUCUUUUUUCCAGUUAGCGCAAUAAAUAUGGUAACGAA